UCAGUGAAGUAGAGAUCCAUCAUAAAUGAUUCCAACUGCGCUCACUCUUCUUGGUAUUAUAUACUUUUCAAUCGCGUCCCAGGAGCAAAAGGUGUAUAUCAAGCCAAUCUCCGUGGCGCAGCCAGGACUAGGCAGCCAAUGGAAUCAGCUCCUUGUUGCCUUCUACCCCAACGGCCAAGAGGUAAACCUUGCAGUUGACACAGGGUCCACUCGAACGUUCCUUGUGUGGAGAGCUCAGUAUGAAAGGGUUAAGCCAGGCGGCUGUCAUGACUUAAUUUAUCAUUGCUUCGGCUGUUCUCCCAAACCAUGCGAGCCCGGCCCCCUUUCGACGUACAAGUUCUACGAUGGAAGAGAAGUCACCAUGUUCAGCCACCUUGUUCAUAUUGAUAAUGUGGGAAAUGUCCCGUUUGGCCUGGUGACAAGCCCCGAGAAAACUCCUUGGGCAUCUCUGGGGCUUUCAUUGCAUGGCGUUUUCUCUCCUCGGUACCCAUUAUUCAUUGACGUGCUCCUGAUAGCGGGUAUCGUCACUAAGAAAGAAUACACGAUAUACCUCAAUACUACCGGCUUUGGUCGUCUUAUCUUCGGUGGUGAUUAUCCAAUGAGACAGGACGGUCCGUUGAGGUACGUCUCGACUUGGCUAAGUGGCCUGGGCCCGCCAGCCAUUGACAUGAUGGGCUUUCUCGUCGGGGAUGACUGCGUGGAUGAAGUUCCCAUGGAUUCUGCUGCCUUUUUGGCCACUGGCUUGGGUUAUAUACAGAUAGCAGAUUCUUUAAAGCAGCCGGUAUUGAAGUUGCUCGAGAAUGCCGGAGUGAAACAUGUGGCUAUCAGGGAGGAGUCCGGCGUCUUCAAGAUCGACUGUGAGGAUAUUGAGUACUUGCCAUCUAUUACUUUUUUUCUCAAGGUUUGAAUGGUAGGAAAACUCCUCUCGUGAUUUCUCCAAAUAGUUUGAGGACCAAACUCGUAG